AUGACGACUGCGAUGAAACCUAUGUUGUAUGCCCUAGCAGGCGAGGAGGGUAUUCGGCAAGCCUUCGUGGUGGAGGUGGUCUUUCUGGCCUGCUUUGUCGGCACUGCUCUACACGUUCCGUGCAAGUCUGUCGUCUUACGCCUCACCAGCAGCAUAUUAUUGGCCUUUUGGUCAUACGAAUUGCAACACGUCGUUCUACAAGGAUGCCGAAACCCCCACUGGCGUGCAACUGCGGCACCCCUGAUAUGGAUCCAGCUCAUGAGCGCCACCGAAUUAAUUCUGGUCUCGAGAGUCGAGGCCGGAGACAUCUGCUCCGAAGAGAAUCGUUACUACAGGCAGGUUGGCCGAAGCAUAGCCUUACUCUGGAACCUCCGGCGCGUUGGAACCAAGUGGAAUGUAUCACGCCCUGCAGGCGGGCAUCGAUGCCAAGGAACCUACCACUUUGUUCGCAAUCGUCUGCUGACAACAUGUUUGGCUUAUCUCGUCCUCGAUCUCAUGGUGUCUGCGCCGCCCCCAGCCUACAACUUGGUCGCCUCGGAGAAACAAGCCCUGUUGCAGGCAUCUUCUCUUUCUGUUGAGGAUGUUGUCUUUCGUAUCAUUGGGACCAUUUCGUUCUGGACCUGCACUUAUCUCAUCAAUUUGGUCAUGACGAAUAGCGUUGCCCUAGUGUGCGUUGGAACCGGGUUGAGCCUGCCCACGAGCUGUCCUCCACUCUACGGUCCGAUUACUGAGGCAUACACCAUCCGCCAAUUCUGGGGGGUAUCAUGGCAUCAAUGUUUACGACGCGGUCUCGCGGGCCACGCAGAGCUCAUCACGGCCCUUAUGCCGCUUAUAUCUUCAACAAAAAUCCUAGCUCGAUACACACGCCUAUUCGUCGCCUUCUUCAUCUCGGCCCUCAUCCAUCAUGCCUCCGAUCUCGCCAUGGGCAUUCCCGCGUCCGAGGCCGGCGCACUUCGUUUUUUUGUUCUACAGCCAAUCGGUAUCAUGUUGGAGGAUGCGGCUCAGAGUACCAUUGGCAUUGGCGUGCACCCAUACCUACGUCGGCUAUUCGGUUAUAUGUGGGUUCUUUCGUUUUUAGUAUGGACGACGCCAAGCUGGUUCUAUCCACAGCAGCGCAUGGGCCUAGAUGCAGCAAGUCUUCUUCCUUUCCAUGUCGUCGCGCCGGCACUGGCGUACUUACGCGGUGGUUGA